AGGCCCCGAAUUCGCCGCCCCGGUCGAGCCGCGAAAGCAGUUGGCUCAGAUUUGCAGAGGGCGCCAUGGCUCGGGAGAUCUCGAAUCCGCUGGGAGUGAUUGACGAGCUCUUCGCGAGGUGCACCGGGGACAAGCCGCCAAGUGAGUGGCAGGAGAAGGCUCACUUUGUGAAAACGCUCGAGCUGGAGAAUGAGGUGCUUUCUUCUGGGGGCAAUGGCCAGGAGAACUUUGCCCGGGUGCCGUGCUUGAACGAUGUGCUGGCGGAGGAAAUCCCGCCGUUUAGCCUGGUGCGGUACAGGUGUUUGGUUCAGGACGUUUUCGAGCCUGAGCUCUACUCCAUGCUCCUGCUGGACCGCGAAGCGCAGCGCUUUGUGACCACCAAGUACCGGGAGACCCUCCCGGGUGGCAAGGACUUACAGGAUUUGGGUCGCAACGGGCUGGGCACCCGGGGCGCCUACUACUGCGUGCCGCUGCCUGGAGAGACGCCCUGGGCCAAGGCCGCCGCGGCGGCCGGGCGCACGGCAGCGGCUUCCGCGGGCCAAAGCCAGGCCCGGACCAAGCGCUCCAGGGACGAGGACGUAGACAUGGCCGACAUGGAGCCCGCGGCGGAAGCCGCGCCGCAGGUCUCACAGAAGCCGAGGCAGAAGCAGGCGCCAGUGCCGACUCCUGCCAGGAACUCGGAUUCCUUCGGCCUGAACUUCCCAUUGCCCUGGGAAGAGGACCAGCGUGCCACCGCCUGUAUCGUGAAACUCUACGACGAGGACGCGGAAUCCUUGCGGCUCUGCGAGAGUAUCGAGAUCCUGGGGGUGCUUUGCGUGGAUCCCUCCAUGGCCAACUUGGGGGACGCACCAUCUUGGCCCUACGAUGCCAGGAG